AUGACUACUUAUUUCAAACUGGUCAAAGGGGCCACUAAAAUUAAGAUGGCCCCGCCAAAGCAGAAGUACGUAGAACCGAUUUUGCUUGGUACGACGGACCCUCAUGAUUUUUCUGAAAUUGCUAAGGCUCUUGAUGAAAGGAUAAGUGAUACCGCAUGGACUAUUGUUUACAAAUCGUUAAUGUUGUUACAUCUAAUGAUCAGAGAAGGCGAAAAGAAUGUGGCUCUUAAAUACUACGGUGGACACACUUCAUUUUUCGACUUGAAUGAAAUUUCCAAAUGUGCCAAGUGGUCGAGUGCGGACAUUAGAGCAUUAGAACGUUAUAAUCACUAUUUGAAAGUGCGUUGUCAAGAAUACGCCCAGAUUGGCGUUGAUUUUGUCAGGGAGUCUCAUUCAUCUCUAAAACCUGGUAAUGGUAGGGAUGUAGGAGUGGCACUAGAUAAUGUAGAUUCAUUAGAGAUACAAAUUGGAGCAUUAAUUAGGAACCGUUAUUCGCAGAUGGACUUGCAAAAUGAUAUGCUUUUAUUUGCGUUCAAACUGUUAGUUCAGGAUUUGUUGGCAUUGUACAACUCGUUAAACGAAGGUAUCAUUACGUUAUUGGAGUCAUUUUUCGAAUUAUCACGCCCAGAUGCCGAAAGAACGCUAGAUUUGUACCGUACUUUUGUCGAUUUAACGGAGUAUGUGGUUAAAUAUCUAAAGGCGGGCAAAACUGUCGGUUUGAGGAUCCCAGUUAUCAAGCAUAUUACCACGAAAUUGAUAAGGUCUCUGGAGGAACAUUUAGUGGAAGAUGGCAACCUACAUCCUGCAUAUACCGGUGCCAACACCGCAGGCGCAACCUCAGUUGUAGGUACGGGUAUUGGUGCAGCUUCUCCAAAUGUUAAUAACAGCGCAGCUAAUUCAAAUGGUGAUUUAAGCAUCGCCCAAAAGAAACUGGAGCAAAUUAGAGAGCAGAAAAAAUUGCUAGAGCAUCAACUUAAGAACCAGCAAGUGCUCGUGUCUCCAUCGAUACCUCAACAAUCCUAUAAUCCAUUUGGUUCUACAACGGACUCAUUUUCUUUCGAGGCGGCAUCUCCUCAAAUACCACAGGCGACUGGAAAUCCAUUUUUACAACAGGCGCCAACCCACUCACAAACCCAGCCGCCUCAGCAAAGCCAAUUUGCCUAUUUGCAACAACAACCAACAGCGACGUUGCCAGCUUCCACUACGACACCAGAUCUUUCCUCACAACAAACUGGAUACUAUGCGACUCACCCUCAAAUAGCAUCUACUUUCACUGGUGCAGGCUUCGGAGGCUACUCAAGUCCUCAACAACAACUGGGCACAAAUCCAUUUGGCUUUGCUCAGGAUGUAUCUCCUGCUAGAGCUAAUCCAUUUUCUCACCAGCAACAGCAACAGCAGCAGCAACAAGAACAGUUACAACAACAGCAUACUGCACAAUUGCAACAAGCUCAGUUACAAGCGCAGCACACGGCUCAGUUACAAGCGCAGCACACGGCUCAAUUACAAGCGCAGCAUACGGCACAAUUACAGGCCCAACAAGCCCAACAAGCACAACAAGCGCAGCAAGCACAACAAGCGCAGCAAGCACAACAAUUACAGGCGCAGCAAGCACAACAAGCACAGCAGCUACAAGCUCAACAUACACUACAGCAUACGGGUUCAUUCAAUCCAUUUGGGGGUUCUCCGUUCGGAGGCCAUUUACCACAAGUGCCUGAAGUGCCUCAGAUGAACCAACAACAGCAGGCAUCUCAGCUGCAACAUUCUAUGCCUACUGGUUCUUUUGCUGCAGCUCCGUCUUUACCUAAUGCGCAGCAACCACAACAGGGUUUUGUUAGCCAGCAUGCGACCGGUUACAAUCCUUUCCAGCAGCAACCACAGCAGCAGCAGCAGCAGCCACAACAGCAGCAGGUACUUCAACAGCAGUAUCCUCAACAGCAGUAUCCUCAACAGCAGUAUCCACAGCAGCAGUAUCCGCAGCAGCAGGCGCAACAAUGGCCUCAGAUGGCUCCUCAACAACAACAACAGUUCGACAUUUAUAACCACACUAAUUUAAUUGAUAUAUAA